AUGGUUGCAAAACUGAAAGCCAAGUUAUUACCUGGUGACUAUUCCAUUCAGCUAUACAAGAAACUUCAGAAUCUAAGACAAAAGGAGAUGGAUGUAAAGGCCUAUACAGAAGAAUUUUACAAGCUAAGUAUAAGAGCCAACCAUGAAGAGGAUGAAACUAAAAAUAUAGCAAGAUAUAUUAAUGGAUUGAGAUUCAAUAUUCAGGAUGAGCUUAGCCUUACAAAUCCAAAAAUAGUGGAAGAGUCCUUUCAAUUAGCACUAAAGGCUAAAGACAAGUUGAAGAAGAGACAAGAGAAACAAGGUAGAGAUAGGGGUAGAUCAAAUUUCAGAAGAAGAGUUAAUUUUUUAGGAAGAGGUCAAUCACAAAGAUCUCAAGGAGAAACAAGUGAGUCACAAGAAUCAUUCAAGUCUGAAACAAGAGGAGGUUUUAGAGGAAGAAGACCCAAUUUUAGGGGCAGAUUUGGAGGUCAAAGAGGUGGAUCAAAUGCAUUCACUAUAAAAUGCUACAAGUGUAAUAAGUUUGAUAGUCAUCAAGAUUGGCAGUGUCCUAAAAACAAGGCUACAACACCAUUUAGUGGGGAGAGGAGAAAUCAGAUUGCUAAGGUUGAAGAUAGUGAGAGUGUAACCUCACCUAAUCAAGAAGUUGCACCCAAUGUUGGAGAAUCAAUCAUGAUGAGAAGAACAUUGAUUAAGGUACCAAUAGAAAAAGAACCCCCUCAGAGGAAAUCACUUUUUAGAACCACAUGUAAGAGUCAAGGGAAGUGUUGCAAAGUGGUGAUUGAUUAUGGUAGUACAGACAAUCUAGUCUCUAUGGAAAUGGUAGAGAAACUCAAUUUGAAAAGGAUCCCUCAUACAAAACCAUACAAAGUCACAUGGUUGAAUAAGGGGCAGCAAGUUUUGGUCAAUGAACAAUGUUGGGUGGAGUUUCACAUUGGAGGGUAUAAAGAUAAAGUACUUUGUGAUAGCAUCCCUAUGGAUGUUUGUCAUAUUUUACUUGGUAGACCAUGGCAAUAUGACAAGUAUGCCAAACAUGAUGGAAGGAAAAACACAUAUGUAAUUGAGAAAGAUGGAGUUACCUUUACCAUCACACCACUCAAGGAUGAAGAACCCAUUUCACAAGCUAGAAAUAGUGUGAUACUAGUAGGAGAGAAAGAAUUUUUAAAAUCUAUGGAGGAGAAAAUAGGGUUUGCUGUCCUAAUCAGACCCAAUACCAUAGUAGCAGCAGAGAAGGUGAAAGAGGUGCCACAAGAAGUCCAAAAACUCUUAAAUAAGUAUGAAGACAUAGUGGUGGAUGAACUUCCAAGUUCACUUCUACCUAUGAGAUACAUAAGUCACUGUAUUGACUUCAUUCCUGGAGCUAAUCUACCUAACAAGGCAAAUCUAUAA